GCGUGUCAGCAGCAAACUGUCAUUUCACCGGGUUCGCUCAAGUCGCCCGUCGCUCCCAGUCCACUUCCCCGGAUCCUGUUGACGCAGAUCUGGGAUAUUUCAGGAAAAAUGGCCAAAAAGCGGAGAGAAAUACGAGACAUGGACGGCUUGUCUCCGGCUCAGGGGGACAUGAAGUCCAGUGAAAGCGACGCGCAGCUUCUGAAAGAGGCUCAGCACAGCAUAGGAGGCUCAGCACGCAUGUCCCUGCUCAUUCUGGUGUCUAUAUUUGCCUGCGCUGCCUCAGUCAUGUACCUGGUCUACAGGAACUUCCCAGAGCUCCCAGAUGAUGAAAUGGAGAAAAUAAAGAUCCCUAAGGAUAUGGAGGAUGCCAAAGCUUUGGGAACUGUGUUGUCCAAAUACAAAGAUACCUACUAUAGCCAGGUGUUGGUGGCCUACUUUGCAACCUUUGUUUUCCUCCAGACGUUUGCUAUUCCUGGAUCAAUCUUCCUCAGCAUCCUGUCUGGCUAUCUUUACCCUUUCCCCUUGGCUCUUUUCUUAGUCUGCUUGUGCUCUGGUCUUGGUGCUUCCUUCUGCUAUAUGUUGUCAUAUCUAGUGGGCAGACCUGUGGUCUACAAAUAUCUCACAGAGAGGGCACAGAAAUGGUCCCAGCAGGUUGACCGACAUCGAGAUCAUUUAAUCAAUUACAUAAUUUUCCUAAGGAUAACCCCAUUUCUUCCAAACUGGUUUAUCAAUAUCACUUCUCCUGUCAUCAAUGUGCCUUUGGGCGUUUUCUUCAUUGGUACAUUUCUUGGGGUGGCGCCACCUUCCUUUGUAGCAAUCAAUGCAGGUACAACAUUGUACAAACUGACUACAGCCGGCGAGGCUGUGUCCUGGAACUCCCUGGCUGUGCUUGGCAUACUCGCCGUGCUCUCGAUCCUUCCCGUCUGCUUCCAGAAAAAGCUACAGCAGAAACUUGAGUAGUACUCACAACACCUCAUCUGCUGGCUGAUUCCGACGACUCUUUCUGGGCUCAGGAACAGGAAUGCAGCUCUCCCUGAGGCUGCUCUGCGUUAGUGUCAUUCACGGCUGCUGGUGCACUGGUCGUGGAGGAGUCUGGACGGCACGUACUCUCUGACAACAAAAUGCAUGCAGUGGUGGGUUGUUUCUCAUGUGAAGUGAAGUACAAACCGUCCGCUGCUUGCACAAGUCAUUUGGUUUUUGUAACUGAUGCUGCUAAUUGUGGCACAUAUUGUAAAUAGAAACUGCUUUGUUUUUAUUUAAGGCAUUACUUACUAUAUGCUUAUUUCCAUGCAGUUAAAGGUGCUACUCGUGGGAUGCAUUUCAUGGGGGGGGGGGGGGGGAUACUUUUUUUUUCUUUUCUUUUUUAAUAAAAUGCUGUAACAGGGCCACCAGUAGCUUGUUGAAGUUCUUGUAGAAGACUGUCAACAACUACCUUUUGCUUUGUCAGAUUCAGGAGUAUAUCAAUUACUACAUUCUGUUGGAAGCACCUUCAACUCCCACUUCCUUUUUAUAUUUCUGAGCAUUUAUACAGUUUCAGCGUAACUAAGUAUGCCACCGCAGCAAUAACAUCACACAACUCUUAAAAGGUUUAGUUUGGGGGGGGGGAAAAUGACUUGUGCUCACCUUUGCAAAUACUGUUUAUGUAGUAUAAGAGGAAAAUGUGACAAGUGAUCUUAAUGCACUCAAAUUCUGUUCUCAUAUUCUUACUUAAAAGGUGCCUAGACCCAUUACCGCACAAUGCCCUCUUUUCUUUUCACAUAUUUCUGUUUAUUUAAGUAGGCUACAGCAGAAUCUUACCAUUGCAACUUGUGAAGAGCACACAAAGCUAAUUUAAUGUUUCCUAAUAGGACAUCCAUACAUUUUAUUAACUAAAACAUGAAUAUAAAUUAUGUCAACACAAAUUUCUUAGUGGCAAAAGUACGACAUAAUGUUUUGUUUUUUACAUUACAUUAGUUGAACUGAACUUUUAAGUGUAGUGGCAAUGAUACACUUGUGCAUUCAUUUCUGCCCCAUGAUAUUUACCAUACGACUGUAGACCUGGUGGUUUUAGUCACGCCACAGAUGAUACACAGGUGCCUCCAUACAACCGUCAACAGACUGAAUAUUGAAGCUUUGCUUUUGCCAUUUCCAGUCUUUCCCAAGAAAAACAUAUGAUGCCUGAUUUAAAAUCUUGCUAGUUUCUGUUCUCUUAAUUGUUUUGAAUGGCUAAUUGUGUCCUUUUAAUAUGAAAACUUAAUUAUUAAGGCACCGUCACUGCUUUAAAAAGAAAACAAUGAUCAAGUGAUGCUAUGCAUCAGUUGUCAAUAUUGUCUAAAAUGCACCAGACUUACAGCAAUACUGUAAGGUUGUUCAUCCCUCAAGAUUAAGGACUACAUGGACAUCUCUUUAUGUAAAAGGAAAACCAGUGUCAUUUGUUGGGUUAAUUAUAUGGCUUACUUUUUCAAUAAAAUUGUGUUUGCAUGCAUAAUGUACACUGCUGUCUUCGAAAAUGGACCUUACAGGUGGUAAAGAGAAGUGGAAAAAUACUCGACUGAAUCUUGACAAUGUUACUUUUGUCUUCAUAUUUGAAAUUAAACAAUGAUUAACUUUCUAUUUCUCCAAAAUGCUAAACCUGCCAUGAAAUGUGAAAUGAAAACUUCUUGACUUAAUUUAUUUUUUUAUUUUUUCUUUGUUGAACUAUUAAAAUAGUUUGUGUUCAAAAAAUAUGAUUAAAUAUAUAAUGAAAUUAGAUAUGUUUUCUCUUAAAAAGCCAGUUGCAAAUUUGAGAUAAUUCUUGUCAUCCUCUAAUAUUUUAAAGGCAGUAUUAUACUGUACUGAGCAGUGGUGUUUUGCAGUGUCAAUGUUUACUGAUUGCUAACUUCUGUCUUGUCUAAUCUUUUUUUUUGUAUUUAUUGAUUAAUUAAAGAUCUCUUUCCUGAAA